AUGGUGCUGCUAAUGCGAGACACCGAAUCGUGCCAUCUCUGCGAUCACUGCUGGCAGCUGACGAACGCGCUUUUCCGAAAUCUUGUCCUGCCGAAACUCUCCACUCUUACUCUGCUAGCCGACUAUGACCAUGCCUUGGAGCAGUACUUCACGCUGCCGUUGGCGUCACUGCCUCGUCCUGCCAAACCGUUGUUCAUCCUCAUCGACAACAUACUGCCACAUAUCUACGAUCUAGUGUUAGCGAUCAAUCGCUCCCUUCCAUCAUGGAUGCGACUCGCCGUUACAUCAAGACCCCUUGCUCCGUCUGAUCAGUACAAAUUCGAGAGAUUUCAUGACCUUGUACUGAGCGAAUGUAUUGACGAGCUGGAUCGUUUCAUAGAAGUUCGCCUACCUCAGUGUCUUCACUGCGAAGUACUGGAUGCCUGUGAUAGUUCCUGGUUCUUCGUUGACCAAUUGGCACGUGCCAUCGAUGCCGGCAUAAUUCCACCGGAUCGUGUACCGUGUAGUGUGAAGGAUUUGAUGGACGACGUUUGCCUUGCUCUACCUCAACGACUGCCCAUUUACCUUCUACUGAUUAAAGCCUCACGGCAGCCGCCGCCGUUGAGUUUUUUCUACGCCGUCUCGCAGCUGAUCAUACGAGAGAAUGUGCAGAUGAUCGAGCGCGAAAUCAGUGCAAUCAGCAUCGUUUUGCAAAGUACAGAUCCUUUGGUUGUAUGUGGUUCGUGGGCAGAAGUCGAUGGCGAUCUCGCACCGUAUCAUACGGCUUGGGCGGAGUUCUACAAGACGAAACGACGUAAAACACCACAAGAUGUCGUCGAGCUGGCUUAUCACCUUGCCCAUUCAACAGUUCCUCCGAUGGACUCGAUACGAACGCUGUCGUCUGUCGGUGCUGGUGAUCUUAUUCUGAAGUGUUCGGUGAUCGACAUUCCAACUUCUGUACUGCUGUCGAAAGCCGGUGCUUUGCUACAGGACUUGUCUUUGAAU